AUGACCACCGUCCCCGUGGCGACCGCCGCCAUCUUCAGCGUCUGCGACUUUGUCCCGCUGGAGGCCAUGCGCGUGAUGCGCGCUGUCGACUGCUUCAGGCUGGAGCUGAAGUUGUCGAAUAGAUCGCUCUAUAGCACCCCCAUCCGCCCCCCGUUAGUCUUAUUCGGUUUACCGGAGGAUAGGAAGGAAGGAAGGGCGGCAAGGGAGGGAGGGAGGGAGGGAGGGUGGGAGGGAGGAAGGGCGUACAGAGUCAUCGAUGAUGUGCUGGUCGCGGGCGUUGUCGUAGAUGUUUAUUGUGACGUCGCGCAGGGAGGUUACUUUGGAGGCUAG